CGGGCCCACCUUUUUUCAACUCAUACGCGACUUCUUGGAGCUCACCUGCGAGCUCGAGCACUCACUCACUCACUCACUCACUGCUCAUCUCACUCACUAAACCUGAACCUAUCAUCUCACGAACUACACUCCUAAAAGACCACAACCCACCCACGAUACCAUUUUCUUUCCAACUCCUCAAGCUCACCAAUUGCACACUUCGCUCUACCACCAAGAAUCCGAACUCGGCUCACAAUACACCAACAUGGCAGACACAACAAUGACAACAGACGCCCCCCCAAACGAACCAUUCACCCUCCAAGAACGAAUCCAACAACUCUGCGAAAUCGACACCCAAAUAGUCUCCCUAAUGUCCCACACCUCAUCCGCCCUCUCCGCCCUUGGCGCAGCCCCAAAGCCCUCCCCACCAUCAGAUCCUUCAAACCCAUCCGUUCCCCCUCCACCAUCCUCCUCCUCUCAAACCCAAACCUUCAAAACAUCAAUGGACGCCCUCCUCUCCACCCUCCACACAGUAGACGUCCACAUGAAGCGCCAAAUCCUCGCCCUCGAAGAAGCCUCCAUCAUCAAGCUCCGCAACGACGCCGACCCCAAAACCCGCCAACCCGUCAUGAACGAGGACGCCAAAAUCGUCGCGCGCCCCUCCCUCGAGCCCAACGGCGUCGGCACCAUUGGUAACCUCGACGUCGGGUGGCUCAACAGCCGCAACAAUAAAGUCGAGCGCGACAUGGAGGCCGAGUUGUGGGCCAAGAUGAGGGAGUUGCUGGAGCGGUAUCACGCCAAAGAGGUAGCUGAGGGGGCUGGUGGCAGUGGUAUUAAGGAUGAGAGGAUGCAGGAGUGAUGGAAAUUUUGGCAGUUUAGCGGAAGGAAGCCUGGGAAAGGACUGGAUGGCUCAGAGAUGGGAGUCUCAUUCACUUCAUACCAAGGUGGUAUGAGAACGAGAAGAGGAGCCUUUGGUAAAAGGUGUGCUCUUUCCAGCAGACUUGCUCGGUAAACCAAUAAUUGAUACCCUGUUACAUAAAAUCACCCGCAACCCAUGGGAUGGAUGGAAGGUAUCAAGAGGCAUGAAAAAAGCAAAAGCUCAGGUACCCAGUCCGUAAAUCGAACUGAGC